AUGUCUUUCCAAGCACCCCCUGGACGCCCGGGGAACCUGACUCCUGAGCAAGAGGAGAAGCUUCGCAAGCUAUGGACUGCUGUCUUCCAACUCACUGGCGUGGCUGGUGAGGAGAGCUCUGGUGCCGACCUUCUGCCCCAAAAAGAGGAGGCGAGCCCAGCGGAGGCUGAUCCUAAGAAGAAGCGAGGAUUUGGCAUGUUCAAGAAAGGCAAAUCUGGUACUUCGACACCAACUGAAGGUUCCGCUGAAGAGGACAAGUACAACGAAACUAAACAAUUCCACGAGACUUUGGCCAACGAGUCCCCUGAAACUAUUCGACAUACUAUAUGGUCUAUGGUGAAGCACGAUCACCCUGAUGCCCUUGUUCUACGCUUUCUCAGAGCACGAAAGUGGGAUGUCGAGAAGGCUCUCGUCAUGUUGGUAUCCACUAUGCAUUGGAGGCAUAACGACAUGAAGGUUGACUCUGAAAUCAUGAAGAACGGCGAUGCCUUUGCAAUUGAGGAUGAGAAGACCGACUCUCCUACUAAGCAAGUUAGCGCCGACAUGAUGAAGCAACUCCGAAUGGGCAAAAGUUUCCUACACGGCACUGACAAGCAAGGCCGACCUAUCUGCGUUGUCCGAGUUCGCCUGCACAAGGCUGGGCAAGAGUGCGAAGAAAGUCUGGAAAAGUACACAGUCUACAUUAUUGAAACAGCUCGCAUGACUCUCCAGCCUCCUGUUGACACAGCUUGCAUUGUUUUCGACAUGACCGGGUUCUCUAUGGCCAACAUGGACUACACACCUGUUAAGUUCAUGAUUAAGUGCUUCGAGGCCAACUAUCCCGAGUCUCUAGGUGCCGUCCUGGUGCACAAAGCUCCCUGGCUUUUCCAAGGUAUCUGGAAGGUUAUCCGUGGCUGGCUUGACCCUGUGGUAGCAGCCAAGGUUCACUUCACUAACAACCGAGCUGAACUCGAGGAGUUCAUCGCUCCAGACCACCUGAUCAAGGAGCUUGAUGGCGAUGAGAACUGGGAGUACAAGUACAUCGAGCCUAUCGCUGGCGAAAAUGACAAGAUGAAGGAUACGCAAACCCGUGAUCGUCUCUUGACUGAUCGUGAAGAGUUGGUCAAGAAAUUUGAGCAUACAACUAGGGAAUGGAUCCGUCACCCUGAGGGUGAGCAAGGCAAACAACUCAAGGCUGAGCGAGAGAAGAUUGCCAAGCUUCUCAGGGAGGAUUACUGGAAUCUCGACCCAUACAUCCGAGCACGAACACUCUACGACAGACAGGGUGCGAUACAGAGCGACGGCAAGACUGAUUGGUACUCGCUCAAGCCACCGGCUGCUGCGGGAGCCAGCACUUCUGCUGAUGACCUAGACUAG